GGAAAGGCCAGGAAAGGUUACCAUGAAGUUUCUCGGUGUUACCAGCUUGCUUUGUCUCUGGUCGGUGGUCAACAGAGAGAACGUGAGUGAAGCCUUUGCGCCCCGACACCAGUCACUCUCCCGUCCAUCGUCGAGAACGACAUCGGCUUUCUCUCGGGCUCCAAUUUUGUCGCUCCGCAAGUACGACUCAGAUUCAGAGGUUGAAAACGAUUUACUCUCGAAGCUGAAUCCAUUUCAAAACUGGCAAACAGCUUUGCAGAGUACAGCAUUGGCACUAACGAUUGGUGUCGCUUCCUGGACGUCCCUUCCCACAAUUGUCCCUCCAGCGUUUGCCGCCACCACGGAUUCCAAAUCCAUCGUUUCGUGUCUCUUCCAGAAAUGCCCUCUCCCCCUCGCCAAGUGCAUUGCCAACCCCAAGUGCCUCGCCAACGUUGUUUGCAUUAACACCUGUACGGGACGACCGGACGAGAUUGAGUGCCAGAUCGAAUGUGGAAAUCUGUUCGAAAAUGAAGUGGUAGGUGAAUUCAAUAAAUGCGUCCUGACCGAUAUGAAGUGCGUGCCGAAGCAGGGCGAUGACGGAUCAUAUCCCGUUCCCGCACCCGAAAUCGUCGUACCCAAGUUUGACACCAAGUUCUUCGAUGGACGACUCUACAUCUCAGCCGGACAAAACAAAUUGUUCGAUGUAUUUCCCUGCCAGGUGCACUUUUUUACCGAAACCGAAAAGGGCAAGUUCUUCGGCAAACUGAAUUGGCGGGUGGAGCAGCCAGACGGGAACUUCUUCACCCGGGAUGCGCUCCAAGAAUUCGUGCAAGAUCCGAAUCAGCCGGGUCACUUGAUCAACCACGACAACGAAUACCUACAUUACGAAGACGACUGGUGGGUGAUUGACUACGAAUACGACGGCAACAAGGACGGCGUCCCCCCGUUUGCGUUCGUCUACUAUCGCGGCAAUAACGACGCCUGGGAAGGAUACGGCGGAGUCGUCGUGUACACGCGCGCUGCCCAGCUACCUGAGUCUCUGUUACCUCGUUUGCGUGUGGCCGCCGAAAAGAUUGGCUUUGACUUCGACAAAGAUUUCGUCAUUACGGAUAAUACAUGUCCGACUGAUCUGAGUGGCAAAGAAAAGCAAAUUUUACGCGAAAAGUUUGCCGGUAAGGUUGCUCUGCAAACCGAGCAACAGUUGCAGGCCCAGGUCACACGGCUACGGGGAAACGCGGUGAAUUCCAUCAAGGCGCAAAAGCUGUUUUUUGAGCAAGGUCUAGAAGGUGCGCAAAAGGCGUAUGAUGCCUUGGAAGAGACAGAAAAGCAGUUUGAACGAGAAACCUCCCAGCAAUAAAUGACGGGGGUACCAUAGAGACCGAUGAUCUGUACAGAGUAUUUUGCCUAAUCAUUCUGUUUGGUCACCUUAACCCUAAUUCAAACUCAAAUUGCUGG